CACACAGUCUGUGUGGGAGCAUGAUGCAGAUUAAACCAGCUCAGCAGCUCACUUCCGUCAAUUGUUUCUGAAGAUCUCCCGGUUAACGUCGGAAAGGGAAUACAUCUUUUUUUUGGAAGUUCAUAGCGUCUCCUAACACAAGAAGGGGCAUUGUGCGAGCACUCUGAACACUUUGGUUAGUUUGAGGUCUCAACAGACAGAGUUCGGCUUCAACUGGGAGUGGGAGUAUCUGGUGGAUCUCAGCUGUAGGAUGCCUUGCACAAAACCCACUGCAUUUGCUUCUCACUAUGGUUCGUGUUGAGGCAAAUGCAAAAUAUGGUCCAAAAGAAUGGCUUAUUUUCCUUUGUUGCACAAUCCAAUCCAAGACUGGGGCGAAGAGGUAGAAGAAGGGGCUAUUUAUAAUGUAACCUUGAAGAAAGUCCAAAUACAACAAGCGGCCAGCAAGGGUGCAAGAUGGCUGGGGGUGGAAGGAGACGAGGUGCCUCCAGGUCACACCAUCAGUCAGUUUGAAACGUGCAAGAUCCGUACAAUUAAGGCUGGGACCUUAGAGAAGCUUGUAGAAAAUUUAUUAACAGCUUUUGGUGACAACGAUUUUACCUAUAUCAGCAUAUUCCUCUCAACUUACAGAGCGUUUGCUUCUGCUGACCGUGUGUUAGAUCUCCUGCUGGACAGAUACGGAAACUUUGACACUUCAAACUGUGAGACAAAUGGAAUUCUAAACUCUCCAGAAACAAAUGCAGUGAAAAGAAACUGUGGAAACUGUGACAGUCCAGACUAUGAGGAAAACGAAAACCAUGUUUCUCCAGGAUCGAUUGCAGUUACCAGAAAGUGUGGAAACCUUGACGGUCCAAAUUGCAAUGGAGAUGGAAAUUGUAGUUCUCCAGGAGCGAGUGCUGUAAUCAGAGACUGUGGAAAUUUUGACAGUCCAAACUGUGAGGAAGAUAGGAAUCAAAGUUCACCAGAAAUGAGUGCAGUAAUCAGGAAGUAUGGAAACUUUGACAGUCCAUACUGUGAGGUAGACGGAAACCUAAGUUUGUCAGAAACAAGUGCAGUAAUUGGCAAUUACGGAACAUUUGACAGUCCAAACUGUGAGGAAAAUGGAAACGGAAGUUGUCCAAGAACAAGCGUAAUAAUUGGGAACUACGGAGAUUUUGGCAUUCCAAACUGUGAGGGAGAUGGGAAUCUAAGUUCUCCAGAAACGAGUGCACUAAUCAGCGACUAUGGAAACUUUGACAGUCCAAACUGUGAGGAAGAUGGAAAUCUAAGUUCACCAGGAAUGAGUGAAAUAAUCAGGAAAUACAGAAACUUUGACACUUCAAACUGUGAGAAAAAUGGCCAUCUCAGUUCCCCAGAAACAAAAGCAGUGAUCAAGAAUGCUAUAGCCUCGAUUCUACGAGCCUGGCUGGACCAGUGCUCCGAAGACUUCCGUCAAGUUCCGAAUUACGCAUGUCUCCGGAAGGUACUUGGCUAUUUGAGGCAGACAAUGCCAGGGUCUGACCCUGAGCAACGGGCCCAGAAUCUCCUUGAUCAGCUUCAGAAGGAAGAAUUAGGAGAACAGGAGCUUGACAAUAGUAACCAUGGAAAUGUCACUUUCCACCUGGGAGAGGAAGGGGAUGUAGAGAUAGAAGGAGCUGACGAAAAACAGGACAUCCUCUCCUUCCCAUCAGACGUCGUUGCAGAGCAGCUGACGUACAUGGAUGCUCAACUGUUCAAAAAGGUGAUCCCCCAUCAUUGCCUGGGAUGCAUCUGGUCCCGACGGGACAAGAAAGAAAACAAACAUCUGGCGCCUACAAUCCGGGCCACCAUCGCCCAGUUCAAUGUCGUUACAAAGUGUGUCAUCAGCACCAUAUUAAGGGAUCUCCAACUAAAACCACAGCAGAGGGCUAAAAUAAUUGAGAAGUGGAUUGACAUUGCACAGGAAUGUAGGAUCUUGAAGAAUUUUUCUUCUCUCCGUGCGAUUGUAUCUGCAAUGCAGUCAAUCCCAAUAUAUAAGUUGAAGAAGACUUGGGCGUCUGUAUCAAAGGACAGUACGUCAAUGUUUCAAGAGCUUUCGGAUAUAUUCUCCAAUCAAAAUAACUAUCUGACCAGUAGAGAGCUGCUAAUGAGGGAAGGAACUUCGAAGUUUGCAAGCCUUGAUAGCUGUGUGAAGGAAAACCAAAAACGGGCUCAGAAACGAUUACAACUGCAGAAGGACAUGGGUGUGAUGCAGGGAACUGUGCCCUACUUGGGAACUUUCUUAACCGAUUUAACCAUGUUGGACACGGCUCUUCCAGAUUAUGUUGACAGUGGCUUGAUCAACUUUGAGAAGAGACGAAGGGAAUUUGAGGUAAUAGCACAGAUUAAACUGCUGCAGUCUGCUUGCAACAGUUAUAGCAUCAGUCCAGUCCAGAAGUUUCUAAAAUGGUUCCACGGUCAACAAUACUUGACUGAUGAAGAAAGCUAUCAUGUAUCCUGUGAUCUAGAGGCAGCUCCCGAUACUAGUCCCACAUCACCAAAGCCCAGAAAGAGUGUGGUGAAGCGCCUCAGUCUCCUGUUUCUAGGGGCAGAUGUUAACGCAAACAGCACUCCAACUAAGAGCUCCGAGCAGCCUAAAUCCCCUGAGAGUGGGAGUUCAGCAGAGAGCAUCGACUCGGUCAGCGUUUCAUCAUCGGAUUCCAGCAGCUCAGAAAUUGAAGAGCCCUGCACUUCACAGACUGACGCUCGAGAAGGACCACAGCAAAAGUCAUCCGAAUCCUUGUCGUCAUCUUCCUCCAUGCACUCUGUGGACACCACCUCCUCGGGAGUUUCAUCCUUGUUCAGCACUGUGUCAUCGUCACCAUUAUUGCCCCACCAUGCCAAGGUUCACAAGCGUUCUGCCUCAGCCACCUCCUGCAAUGCAACAUCGGCACUUCCUGUGUACAACCACCAGAAUGAAGAUAGCUGUAUCAUCCGGGUCAGCCUAGAGGAUGACAAUGGAAAUUUAUACAAAAGCAUUUUGUUGACUAACCAAGAUAAGGCACCUGUGGUUAUCCAGAGAGCCAUGUCCAAGCACAACCUUGAAACAGACCAUGCAGAGGAUUAUCAGCUAGUACAGGUCAUCUCAGAAGAUAGAGAGUUCGUGAUUCCAGACAAUGCCAACGUGUUUUACGCUAUGAACACUUCUGUGAAUUUUGACUUUAUUCUGCGAAAGCGGAACUCAAGCAAACAGGUUAAGCUGCGAAGUCGGUCAUGCUUGACACUACCCAGAACAGCCAAAAAAGGGACAUCAGCGCACAGACUAAGCAAGGUUACGCUGUAAGGAGUGUCGUUUUUCAUGCAGCUGUACCUGUCGGAGCUAAAAACACCACUCAGUAUUGAAUAGCCCUGCAAUAUAUGUGAAUAAAUCACCUUGACAGUAUUCUACUUAAAUUAUUGGACACCAUGGAUAGCAUUGACUGAACUCUAAACUUUUGAGCACAAUGCUUGUCUGCUGUUGAAACAUUUUGCACAUCAGCCCUUUUGAAAGAAGGCUGGAGGAUUGGACCCGGUCACCAGAAUCUGCUGGCUAGCCACAGACUUGAAGAUGAUCACUUACUUGUCGGAAUCGGUUGGAAGAGGGGAAAAAAAAAGUUUUUGUUAAAUAUGAAAUGUGUUGACUAUUUGAAUAUGAACUGGCCUGGGUUCUUCCGUGGUCACUUUGUAACAAGUGAACCAGCCACCAUCUAGUCAUUGGCCAGAUGAUGAAUACUUCAACAAAAGUAUUUGGAUUGGCCCUUGAACUCUUCAGCACACCUUUCCUGCCUUCUCUUAUUUUUCCAGCGGUUUAACCUCUUCUGGAUAUACAGCAUCGACUUGCCUUCAACGAAGGACAACUGCAAGAAAUUAUGAAAUAGUUUAUUAUUGCCAAUGAUGUUGCACUUGUUUUGAAUUGAUGUUCAGCUUUAUAUUGAAUUUAUAUUGAAUUAUUUUGUAUAUAUAUUUGUAAAUGUAAGCCUUUUUGGAAAAAAAUCUUUAAAAGAUGCAGAGGGGACCAGAUCACCUGAGAUAUGAAUACUUUAAUACUUUUUUUUGUCCCUCAUUUAUCUUUAUUUGUGUUCAAUUACUUAGAACUGCCAUUAUCUCGUGUGGACUAGUCUACAGUACUAAAAGAAUAAGCAAUACCCUUUCAGACACUAAUUCAUUGACCUCUUCGUUUUAAUGCAAUCACUUCUCAGGUGUUGGACAGCAUUAAUUAUGUAUGUUCACUCAUUAGAUGUAUCCAAAAAAAAAAUUCCUUCAAAGUAGCAGAAUUGCCAAGAAUGUCUUAACAGUAUUUGGGUCUCUAUCAAAUUCAGGUUUGCACUAUGUAUAAACUAAUCACCAGAAACAGCAAGUGCUGAAGCACUUUAACGUUUUUAGUGUCUUCCACACACACACUGUUCCAGUGUCCUUUCCCAAUAUGAAUCUAUGUGCCUAUGAGUUGUGGUUAGGAGGGGCUUUAGGGAGCUCACCACCUGGUUUUGGGAGGUCCAUGUAUUUUCUUGUCUCCUCCUGUCAAUCGCUUGGUGCCCUGUAUAGGAUUCACUAAUCAGACACAAUUACACAAGACCACUCACUACUGAAAAGGUUCAACAUCUGAGCUAUGCCAACAACACUCGGCGCAGUUUAUUAGAGGAAAUCAUGAGUUACUUGUAUAAUUUUCUUUUCUAAGUGUACACUUUUGUAAAUAUUUUCCAUAUUCCUUGUAUAUUAUAUUUGUUUUAAAUAAAAAAGUUACUAAAAUUUCAA